AGCAUUUCCAAAUUUUCUUUUUCGUUUUUUGAUAACUAGUAGUGUGAAAGUUGAGGCGUAACCCUGGUUUCAAUGGGUCCUCCUGGUUUCUGAUUUGCUUGUUUAGGUGUGUCUUAGUUUUCAUUCAUUCCAAAGUUUCUGUUUUACUUUGUGUUGCAAAUAGACGAGUUAGACGGCGCUCGAGCAGCACUCACUGCGGCGCUUAGCGGCUCUUUCAUCUAAAAGAAUAGUCGAGCUGGGUGGAGGUUUCCUUGUCAGUGUGCACCAGAGCCACCAAUGACUUGACAAAUCUUGGGUUUCCAUGUGUUGUGAAUAUGUGAUGGGGCUUAAUGAUAGAAAGGAAUAUAACUGUCUUGAUUUAAACAUUGUAAAAUAACCGUCUGAUUGUCAAAUAUCUUGUAAUCUAUUGAUGUCUUAUUCCAUUUUUUUUAUUUAUUUAAAAAUGACUGUCAAUUUAAAGGUAAAGAUUUAACAAAGAACCUCAAUGUUUUAAUUGAAAGAGUCCUUUGCUGACUGCCUGCCCCUAUUGCUGGCCAUGGUGUCCCCCCUUUCCAAGAGUGUGGUUUGACCAUUCUGGGCCCCUGGGCAGACCAAAAAAGGGAGCCAUUGUGAAUGAAGACCGCUUUUCCCAUUAGGCCCAGGCCGGGUGGUGAGGAUGCCAUGGGGUUAGGAACAGAUGUGGGUUCAGCUCUUAUAGGUGGAUAUGGGCGCUGGGGAAGAGACAGAUAUGGUCCGCCUAUAAGGACAGAUUAUCGGCUCAUUGUUGAGAAUCUUUCCAGCCGCUGCAGCUGGCAGGAUUUAAAGGACUACAUGAGGCAGGCAGGGGAGGUGACUUACGCCGACACCCACAAGGGCCGGAAAAACGAGGGGGUGAUAGAGUUCAGGCUCUACUCUGACAUGAAGAGGGCCCUGGAGAAGCUGGACGGCACCGAGGUGAACGGCAGAAAGAUCCGGCUCAUUGAGGACCGACCUGGAGCCCGGCGCCGCCGCUCUUAUUCCCGCAGUCGCAGCCACUCCAGGUCUCGCUCCAGGAGCCGCAGGUCUCGCAAGAGCCGCAGCCGCAGUGAGAGCAGCAGUCGCAGCCGCUCUCGCUCCAGGGCGGCGUCCCAGUCCCGCAGCCGAUCUCGCAGCAAGAAGAAUAAGACUAAGAUCAAGAAGGAGGAAGAGGAGCGCAGCAACGGCGCUCAGAAGAACAAGGAUCGCAGCAGGAGCCGCUCCCCGAAAAGCCGCAGCCCUAAGAGCCGCUCCCCGAAAAGCCGCAGCCCCAAGAGCAAAAAGGGGAAGAAAGAAGGGAAGAAGAUAAAGAAGGAGGAUUCCCACUCCAGAUCCCGCUCUCGCUCCAGGUCUCGUUCUAGAUCAGGAGUGAAAGAUCGCUCCAGGAAAUCUGGCUCAAAGGGCCGCGAGCCGCCCAAGAGUGACGACGAGGGACGCGAGCCCGAGAGGAGGGUCUCUCGCUCCCGCUCCCGCAGCCCGGUCGACCUCAAAUCCAGAGCCAGGUCCAAAUCCAGGUCUAAAUCCAAGUCCCGUUCCCCCACACCUGCCAAAGCCCGCACGCACUCCCGCUCCGCCUCACGAUCAGAGUCCCGCUCCAAAUCCCGCUCCCCGUCUCGUUCUCGUUCCCGCUCCUAGUUUCAGGUCGUGGACUGUUUGUCGUUAGCCCUUAUCCCAGUGUCUCUCCCCCCCCCACCCCCGUCCUUCAUCUACAUUCCCCAAACCCCCAAACGCUGCCCCUGCCUCCUGUUUUUUGAUAAAUAGCUGUAGGAAACCAGGCACUCACGCUUGAUGUCUUUUAUGCUCAUGCUACUCCAUUUCAUUUGACCUUUACUCAGCAUAUUUUUUUCAUUAGAGAUGUCUCGUGUGGAGGUGUUUGUAAAAUAACAGGGUGCAAUCUCAGUUUUAUAAGUUUAAAUGAUGAUAUGGUGUGUGUGCGUGUGUCUUUAGCCUUUUUUUAAUCACAUGUAGGAGCAUACCGUUUUUUUGUCAAUAUGCUUGGUGGGAACAUGUUGUGACAUCUCCUCACCUUUUGUGAAACCCUUGUAUCAUUUUAUUUCAGAUUAAAAAAUACCAGCUCUGGA